GGUGCACACAGACUAUGGAUACUGCAGCUUUGAAUGCAUCCAUUGGAUCAAUUAGCAAUAUAACCAGCCUUACACCUUCUGAAAAAUCUCCCAGAAACCACUGCUCAUCCAUUCCAGAUGAUUUUGAAUUUAUUUUUAUACUUGUUCCUAUAUUUUACAUAAUAAUCUUCAUAGUUGGGAUUCUUGGCAAUAUGAUCAUAGUCAUUGGACUGACUUGUUUUCUUCAGGCAAAAACCGUUGCAAAUAUUUAUAUAGUGAAUUUAGCUAUUGCAGACUUGUCAUUUGUUGCCACAUUACCACUCUGGGCAGUGUCGAUGGCAGCAAAAUAUGAAUGGACAUUUGGCUCCUUCAUGUGCAAAUUCUGUGCCACCAUGUCAUCGAUGAAUAUGUUCUCCAGUAUUUUCCUGCUUACGUGCCUCAGUAUAGAUCGCUACUUUGGUAUUGUCCAUCCAAUGAGAUCGCUCAAGUGGCGAACGCAGGCCAAAGCUAAAAUAGUAACUUUUAUUGUAUGGGCUUCAGCCUGUGCUGCCAGCUUUCCUACCAUGUAUUUCCGUGAGACUUACUAUUCUAAAAAGCACCAGAUCAUCACCUGUGCUAUGAAAUACCCAAAACAACGUGUGUUUUGGCCAAAUUUUGUGGACUUGAUGAAAAACAUAUUUGGAUUUGUGAUACCAUUUCUUAUCCAAGGAGGUUGUUACUGUCUGAUAUAUAAAAACGUGUUAGCAUCAAAAAAGAGCAAGGUUAAGAAUGCAAAAAGUGACAACAUUCUAAAGGUGGUUUUGGCAAUGGUGUCUGCCUUUAUAGUUUGCUGGCUGCCAUUUCAGAUUGCUAGCUUCCUGAAAGUCUUAGUUCGGAUAACCUGGAUAAGUAACUGCAAAGUGGCUCAGAUUAUCAACGCAGUAAUGCCAGUUACAGUGUGUAUUGCUUUCUCCAAUAGCUGUGUCAAUCCCAUUCUUUACUUCUUUGCUAGCAAGAGAUUCCGAAACCAGCUAGCCAUAGCACUGAGAAAGUCCUUUUCCCAAAGCUACAGAACUACUAGAACAAGAUGAUGUACAACUGUAAACUUAAAAUUGUUUCCCGGAGAGAAUCAAAUUGCUAGAACUGUUCCCAUUUCUUAUUGUUCUUUUACAUAGAAUUGCUAAUAUUCAUUGUACAAAUAAUGUCAAACAAUAAUAUGUUAACUUGUAUAAAUACUCAUCAAUAGGAAAUUUUAAUGAAUCACUUACCCAUGUUCCCCUGAGAAAAUGUCCUCAACUUACAGCCGUCCCACAUUGAUAAUAACACCAGGAUAACUUUUAUCUUUACAGCGGCUAAAUAACUUAUCACUAAAUCUUGGCUUAAACCUUUUCUCCCAACUCCUCAAUUUAA